CCGCCUCACGGGAACAAAAAGUGUUUUUACAGCAAUUUUAACGCUAACUAAGUUUAUUUUCCGCAACUUUAGCGUACAGGCCCUUAUAAUAAUGGAUGAAAAAUUUAAAAAUCGCAAAUUACCGAAGGCUCUCGAGCUAGAGUUGAAGAAGGCAGCUGCUAGGCCCUCUUGGGAGUCACGCAACGAGGGGGUCCAUGAGAGAGUGAACUUUGAGGACACUAUCUGGGGGUUCAAUCUCGCCGGGGGGUCCUACUACGACACCCCACUGCGAGUCACCCAGGUGCGAGAUAGCAGCAGGGCGGAGCAUGCUGGGAUCAAAGUGGGAGACCUCCUGAUGAGCAUCAAUGGCAUCGACACCUCGACGCUGACAGUGCAAGAGGCUCACGAUAUCAUCGUCGAAUGCGGACUCGAGAUCAAACUGGCUUUAGCUGCGCCUGAUGUGGAAGAGACAACACAUUACAUCUAUCAGGAUGAAAUAGAAAACGAACUGACAGAAGCGAGACGUCUGCGAGAACUUGAGAGAAAAAAGCUACAGAAAACGUUCAAAGGAGCCAGAACGAACGAAGCGUGGAGUAUCGCCUGGCCAUGCAGCAAAAAACGUGACGUGAUGUAUAAAGAAUCCAACUGCUUCCUCGUUCCCAGCGCUUAUGUUGCUAAACAUCAGUAAGUUUUACCCUCAAUGCAUGUCCCUAGAGCAUUCUAAGUUCCGGAGAUUUUCCAACAUAGGAAAC